UUAAAACGCAUUCCGAAAGCGGACCUAUAGUCGGUCUCUUCAUGCGUUUUCUACCCGGAGCCGUUUAUUGGUGCACACGACAACACAAACCCAGAAGAAGCUGGUAGGACAAGUCUAAAGCCAGAAUUAUUUGUUUGUUGCAUAUUUUUUUAAGAUUUCGUCAUGGAAGACCAAGAGUUGCAACUCAAAGUCCGACGAGUGAGUGACAAAUUUACUGAAAGCAUGUACGUCCUGGCCAACGAGCCGUCCGUGGCUCUAUACAGACUGCAAGAGCACGUCAGGAGGUCCCUUCCUGAAUUGGUGCAACAUAAGACCGACAUGCAGUGCUGGGAGGAGCAAAGUCAAGGAGCCAUCUACUCAGUAGAGUAUGCAUGCAGUGCCGUGAGAAGCAUGGCGAACAGCAGCGUGUAUUUCAAAAACAUUGACGGCCUCCUCCGACAAGCGAUCAGCAUGAAGGAGCAGAUCAGCGCCUCUCAGGGACGCAGAAAAAGGACCGUGGAUCCAGCCAUUCCAAGGGACACAGGAGACAGGCUCAACCCUUGAAUGUGACAACACUUCCCGGGCUUUUCUCCUUGGCUCCGCUACCUUUUGAUUUCAGCUGAAACAAGGUCAUAACGAUCAAAACUCCUACAACCCCCUCAAGCACAAGCUACCAAUGGAACAGCAGGCCCCAGCGCUGCCAGGUUCGGAAUUAAAAACACUUAAGUCGUGGACGCCACUCAAAGGACGCAUUGUUUUCUUGGGGCUUCUUGGACAAGAACAGAACUGCUUGUUUUCUCUCUGCCGGACAUUCAGUUUCAAUACAUGCACCAUGUUUAGUUGAAAAAUAUCUGUCUUGGUCCAUACCUGCCAAGUAGACACACACUCCGAGGCAGAACAGUCCGACUGCCACAUGUCGCAGGGCUCUGCUGUCCAAAAGAAACCAAUCUGCUCUGUGGACACAAACAUUGCCUUUACUGUACAAACGAGCUUCAUUGCACCUACAUUUGUCAGACUUGCAUUCUAAAGCUCAUUACUAUUCACAUUGUCUCACUAGUUCCAGGGGAGAGAGGUUCUGAGGUCGGGGGGGGCAAACCACUGAAUUUGUAAGCCGACGUGGGAAAGAGCUAGCUACAAGCUGUGUGCUGACUACGUAAUGAAAAGGUUAUUGUUUAGACAGGCUUAUUGGAUCGGGUGGCAUUAGUUCAGUGUUGGCCACUGCACAACCACACAACUUUAUUUAUUUUUGAAAAUCCACGUUAACCCAUUUUUAAUACAUUGCAUUGGGUGUACUUUAUAGUGCGGUGUGUUUACCAACACAUGAUUGUGCAACUAUGUGACAUUCAUGCUAAAUAAAUGUGGUCAAUGGUAGAGAGACUUAAAUUAGCCGUUUUCAAAGUGUGACACAAGGAGUCUCAAGGGACACUAGGGCCUCCCUUACACCCCAAAAUAUGUUGUGGUGUUUUCCACUCAACCUACUCUGUUUUUGUCAUUAUAGUAACUAAAAAUCAAUAAAUGUUUCCUUCAA